GGGAACCGACCCGCCCCCAAAGGCACACGCACGAGAGCAAGGGCUCCUCAUGGAUGAAUUCUGCCACGCCAUUGACGUCCGCCAGUCCAGUCCAAGUGACCGCCUGCGAUCCAUCUGCUAGCGACAUCUGGUCUGUCUCCCAAAGACCCUAGUUCGGCUAGGCGCCGGCGCCCAGCGGCCAACAACCGUGGCCCGCCCCAGCCCCUCCAGCAUCCGUUCUCUUCUCUCGUUCGUCGUGCUGCGCCCAAGACUCCAAGCCGUCGAGGCGGUUGCAUGUCGACCCUGCUUCUGUCUUCACUCUAUCGAUGCUGGCGCAGGUGCGGUGCAAUGUGCGGUGGAGCUGAUAAACAAUGGGUUGAGAUGGUUCCCGUUAGCUCAAGCAGCUACGAAAACUGGGAAUGGCACACGCACAAAGAGCGGCAGCACGAGCAGCAGCAGGCACGCUGCGAUGCGCACCUGGUGGCCUGCAGGCGCCGCUGCGACGUCUUGUUCCGGGUCCUGACACAUCCACAUCGCACAUCCACACGCACUUCAUCCACACGCACACUACGCACACUACGCACACCACGCACAAACACACACACACACACACACACACACACACGCGCGCGCACACACCAAUGGCUUGCGAGAACCUUGGCAACAGCCCAGCCCCAGCCAGUCUGGGUAACCUCCGGGGCUCCGUGGGCGCACAAUCGCAAACUGGGUCUGGUCUGGCCGUCGACUCGGCCUGCGACUUGGAGCUUGAGAGACCGUGAAACCUGGCGCUUUCUGGUCCCAAUGGCUCCUGGCCCCUCACCCCGAGCAUCGACAAACGGAAGGAGACCGAGCCCGGCGGCAAUAGAUUUGACAAGCGCGGCGUCAUGGACAAAGAAUUCGGUGUUCAGCUCUCUCGCUGGUGCGUGGUUCCGUGGUUCUUUCACGAGAACCAGUCGCCAACAGCCAAUCGUGCGAAAGCCGUGGUCAGCCCAGCCAGUCCUGAAGACGCCCGCUUCCUGGUGCAGGGCCUCGAGGGGAACCGGCGAUCUGGAGGGAAUAAUAAUAAAUGCUUUGCUUUGAGCGUGCGCCAAUGAACCGUCACUGGGAGCAUGUCAUGGUGGGAUGUACGGAUACUUGUAGAUUGGAUUGAUUCGCCGUCUGACUGGCUGAACGAGAUGACGGAUUGGCGGAUGGGCGUCAUAUCCAUGUUGCGC